AUGCGUACUAUAAAAAAUGCUUAUACUCAUCUGACAUCUAAGGAUUCUUAUGUAUAUCCCGAGUCUUCAUCUGUGCUAAUUUCUAUGAUGUCAACAGAGUUAUCCGCAGUUAAAAAUUCUGAAAAACAAUCAAAAAAUAUUCUUCAAGGAUCUAAUGAAAAUGUACUCAAGAAUAAAUCAAGGUCAAAGUCUCCAAUGAGUUUUGCAUCACAUUCAGAUCAAAAUACAGGCUACAGCUCAUAUUUUGGAUAUGAAAGGGUUAUUAUAAGAGGAGAUAAUGAUUAUUACAGAUGGUUACAAGACUAUGCAAAAAGAGACAUGUUUACAGAUUGGGUUGAAAGUGCUUUUGGUAAAUCUGGAGAAUUAUUGUCAUUUUCAAAUUUUAAAAAUUGA